UAUGCCGAGGCGAAGGAAAGCACCACAGAGAUGGAGACAUGAGGACUGAACAGACAGCAACAAGUGGUGGAUGGGGUUUAAACCCCGCUAGCCCUGCCGGAUCUCACCCAGACUCAGGCAUACCGGGCUGCAGGGACAGCACUGGCUACAUGCUUGGCAGCUGAAGGAGGAGAAUAACAAAACCUGAACAGCAGCCAAAUGGUUUUACCUCAACUCAGAAACAAAAGAGUGCACUUUGAAAGACAAGAAAAGAGAGUACAUGACUCGCCUCCAGCUAGUCCUGUUGCACACCUGGAGAGGUUAGCUGGCAAAGACUAACAUUUCCCCAGCAGCCAUGCAGAAGUGUGCCCCGUUGAGACGAUGAUCAGAAUGUUCCUGGCACAUCCAGCAACCUCACUGGCACAGCUGUCCUCCACCCGCGUUUUCUUCUGCCUCCUCCUGUGCAUCCCUCCUGCAUGGACCGCCUGCCCCCAGUCCUGCCAGUGCACAGACCACUCGGGAGCCAUGGCUGUGCUGUGCAGCUCAAAGCAUUUGGAUGAAAUCCCAAAGGACAUUCCCAAAGAUGCUGUGUUUGUGAAGCUUGAUGCAAAUAAAAUCACCCAGAUCCCCAACAACGCAUUCAAACACCUGAACCACUUGGAAGAGCUGGACCUCUCCAGAAACGCCAUUGAGAAGAUAGACAUGGCAGCUUUCAGAGGUGUGGCAGAUGGGCUGCGGACACUGGAUCUUUCCAAUAACCUUAUUCAGAGUAUUCCCAAGGAAGCCUUAGUCAAACUGAAUGCUAAGAUCCGCCUGUCCAAUAACCCGUGGCACUGCGAGUGCGCUUUGCAGGAGGUGCUCUGGGAAGUGAAGCUAGAUCCUGAGUCAGUGAAUGAGAUCACCUGCCAAACCUCUGUGCGCGAAGAAUAUGUCGGGAAACCUUUGAUCCAGGUCCUGGACUCUGGCGUCAAUUUCUGUAACAUCCAUCAAAAGACCACAGAUGUCGCCAUGUUCAUCACCAUGUUCGGCUGGUUCACCAUGGUCAUCACCUAUGUGGUGUAUUACGUUCGACACAACCAGGAAGAUGCCAGGAAGCACCUGGAGUACCUUAAAUCACUGCCUAGCACCCAGGUCCCCAAAGAGACCAUCACCACGGUCCUGUAAUGCCAAGCACCAAGCACCGUGUCAAGAAACGCCUCGGGGGAAGCAAUCUGCUUCCGACCUGCUUGCACAAGCUUUUCUAUGAGGUUUUUAUGUGACAUUUGAUAGAAACAUGAAAAUGUAUUUUGUUAUUAACUGAACCGUGGCCACAAGCUUGUAGGGGAACAGCACAUGUUUACGUCACAUCCCAUGCCGUGGCGGGUUACUCAUUGCUAACUAAGACACAACAGGAUAUGCCCUGGCUGCUGCAGAAGGUUAGAAAGCAGAACCCCCUAGUCCUGUCUGCCUCUGUCAUUCCAGAGGGUGGUGUUCCAAAGAGUAGAAUGUGCAGCCAGAGAUCACAGGUCUCCAACGUCUGGAGUUGUGCCGCUGAGCAGUCAGCGUCUGCUCAGCACCAUCAGCAUGAGACCAACACACAGGGCCUGUGCCUGCAACUGACACAGCCGUGUGGCCCUGGAGCCUAAGACACCAGUAACUGCCCCAGGCUGCAUUUCCCCUGCCCCACCCCAAGUUCCCUGCUAGAGGGAGCCCUCUGCAUUGAUAGAGGGGUCAGCCACCAUUGCAGCACCUCCUUGCCCCACCCAGGCGAGAAUGGCUUGAGGGGGCAGGCCGGGGAGCUGCCUGCUCGUGCUAUGUACUGGUUGGGCUCUGCACAUAGAAUCAUAGAUUGUUAGGGUUUGAAGGGACCUCAGGAGAUCAUCUAGUCCAACCCCCUGCUCAAAGCAGGACCAAUCCCUAAAUGGCCCCCUCAAGGAUUGAACUCA